AUGGCUGCAUCAUCCAAGCAACUAAAAGAACAAUUUGUGACAGGUCUGACAGGUGGAUCUACGGUUGAUAUUUAUUUGACCACAUCUGUAUCAAUCAUAGCAUACCUCGCUUGGUCUAUUUUAAAAAAGAGGACAUCCUUGUUCGACAACGAUACUCAAAAUUUUGCUAAAAUAUUGGAUUUUUUCGUGAAUUGGGUUGCCCUGCUGCUUUCUGUUACCCAAUACUCCGAAAAUGUCAUUCUUUUGAUUCUCGGAAUCACUUUUCCUAUGUUCAUUGCCCUGAACAACAAGUCAAAGUAUGAAGCCCCACGAUCACAAAGGAUAAACAUUCAAUAUUUAAGUUCCAAGGAAUUCAUACCUUUCAAGCCAUAUAUCACAGUAUAUCGUUCUCAGAUGAUGGUGAUCACUUGUAUCUGUAUUCUCGCUGUGGACUUUCCGAUCUUUCCGAGACGAUUUGCCAAGGUAGAAACAUGGGGCACGAGUCUUAUGGAUCUUGGUGUUGGUUCUUUCGUAUUUUCAAUGGGACUAGUUAGUGCAAGACAACUAAUCAAGCAGAGGUUUGACAACCGAUACAGCUAUGCGAGAUCUGCGAUUUCGUCUUUGAAAAAUUCGAUCCCGAUACUAAUACUCGGGAUAAUAAGACUUGCAAGUGUGAAAUCGUUAGACUAUCAAGAGCAUAUGACAGAAUAUGGUAAGCACUGGAACUUUUUCUUUACUCUCAGUUUUGUGCCCUUGAUUGCAAAUCUCAUAUUUCCGCUGAUAGAUUUCAUCACACCAUUGGUUUGCAGUUCGAUGAUUAUCAUCAUUUACGAAAUUGCACUCACGAAAUUUGGUCUCCUUGAAUACAUUUUGAAAACUGAACGCCCUAACUUACUGGCAAUGAACAAGGAGGGGAUUUUUUCAUCCAUCGGAUAUUUGGCAAUUUAUCUGAAUGGUCUUUCAUUGGGCUAUGUGAUUUUACCUCUAUUUCCCACACACAGAAAUUUGUUCAAGAUGAGUGAUUCGAAAGACCUGAUCAUAGAGACAAUCACUAAGAGAUCGGUUUUCACAGUUUCACCCACCAAGGGAUUAUUAAUUUUAUCAGUCUGCUUUCAUGUCCUUUACUAUGUAAUCGACACAUGCUAUUAUUACGGAGUUUCGAGAAGAAUGGCCAAUGGAUUGUAUGUGAUCUGGGUCUCUGCUUACAAUUGCACCUACUUGCUUGGGUACGCUCUUGUGGAAAAGUUCAUCUGGGGCGAGCCUCACUACGAAUUUACUAACGAAAACAGAAAAGCACCGAAUAGUCUGAACAUUUGGUAUAAAAACAGCGUACCCGAGUCCUUAUCUGCCGUCAAUUUCAAUAGUUUGGUAUUAUUCCUGAUAGCCAACUUACUGACAGGACUAGUCAAUCUUACGAUCGAUACAAUUAAUGCUAAAAAUCAGACGGCUCUUUUGGUACUAGUUUUGUACGCAGGUGCUCUUGCUUUGGUAGCACACACGCUGUAUGCAAAAAAGAUUCACUUGAGAUGA